AUGACUUUAGAAUACCCACUUGGAAGAGUCACUACCUCCCAACUACAGGCCCUUACGAAGGUUUUGUGGUCUUGGUUUAUAUGCUCGGAUUGUCAAACAGAGACGCCUUGCAAGACCACAAAUUGCUCGUGGUCCAGAUCAACGACGCUCAGCCGAUAUUUCGAGUUCUUCAAGAUAUCCACAAGUGCUUACAAGUGCAAUAUAGUUCCUGGUCAGUCUCCGGGUCUGUCAUCUUACAAUGACUUAUUCCAAAUAAUUGAACAACUGAAAGCCAGCCCUGAGCUCAGUAAAGCAGAGUUAUUGGAGAAACUCUUCACUGAUCGUCCCACGCGACCGUACCAAGAGCGUGCUCUCAAUCUAGCUGUUCAGGUGGUGGUGAUGAUCAACUGCUCAGCAUCUCGUCAAUCUUCCGUCCUGCUAGAGUACGGAAACGAAAAAGCACGGUGGCAUCUCAACGAUACGUUUUCGCAAUUUCUUAACGACGUAUUCCCAAAGACGUCCCACCCAAGCAUUGAUGAAAUUAAAAGCGAGCUUUUGGCGACCAAAUUGAAGAAGAAUGCGCGACUGGAAUUUCGGCCAACAGACGACCUGAGAAAUCAUUUGAGGCUUGACAAAAGUUCAGGAGUUGUCGAAAUUUUCCACCAUACUGCUUUCUUGAAAGAGCAAUUGAGGCUUACGAAAGAACAACCGCAAAGUUUAUCUGUAUCCGAUCUGAUUCGAAUUGGCGCGCUCCCUCGUACACUUGUUAUCGAGGUGCUCGAUUCCAUACAGAAGGUUAUCUUUGAUCUCACAGAUGUCAAAUCCAAAGAGCUGCUAUUAUCGCUGACCUCGGCUUCAACUUUUAAUUUUGAUCCGGAUAUUCUUCGAUAUGAGAGCGUGUCAAUUCGCAAACCAGAGGAGCAGAAUAUUCAGUAUCAUUAUUUCGGGGCACGAUUGGCAGAGCUACACCAGGAGUUAAUGAAUCCGACCCCUAGAGGUUUUGAAAAAUGGUUCGAGAGAAAAAGCAGUCCAAGAUUCGUGAUGAUGGCUACCAUCGCCGGCGUUAUGUUUGCGAUUUUCCUAGGGUUGUUGAGUUUGGCUUUGGGCGGCUUUCAGGCUUAUGUUGGAUAUAUGGCAUGGAAGCAUCCUGUUCAAACGUCAUCUGGUUUACAACAAAACCAAUAG